UUCCCCUCGCACUUCACGAGACUUAAAAGAUGGCUGCGCCCAUGAAAUUAAAUUUAACAUUUUGUUGUUUAAACAAACAAUUUCUGACUUCGGCCUUAUCUAAACAUACAAAACAAUAUGCUAGAUGUUUCAAUAGAAAUGCAGUCACAGAUUCGUCAAAUGAAUUAAAGGAAAACGAUGUUGAUUCCCAAGGAUUCAGACGCUAUAAACUUCGGAAAAAGGGAGGUGAAAGAAGUUUUCAAGAACGCAAGAAAGAUUUUUUCAAACCACCGCCCCUGCCACCGAGAUCAACCAGGAUGCCUGUGGACCAGGACUGGACCAAUGUUUGGCCGGCAGCUCAGUCGUUUAAGUGGUCAGUUGUCCCACUGCCCAUCAGACAGGGAGCACUAAAGAGGAAAUCUGAGGCAAAAGGAGAUGGAUUUCAUCCGGACAAGUACGCUAACACAGAGCUGAUCAAGAUCCCAAACUUUCUCCAUCUUACACCAAGACAUAUCCAGAAACACUGUGAUGCUAUUAAAAAGUUCUGUACACCAUGGCCUGAGGAAUUGAAGACCGAGAAGGAUAUGGAUUUUCAUUUUCCUGUGGAAGUUAUCACUGAGGAUUUUUGCUUUGCAGGACCAUCAGUACGAGAUCCACGUGCAAGAGUGGUAACUAUGAAGUUUAAGAUGAGUGAUUUAGAGAUGGACAAGCAUGCUACAGAGAAGAUGCAGAGGUUAAUAGGCUCAAGAGAUGAUAAAGUUACACUUGUAUCUGACAGAUGUCCAAAAAAGAAACAGAACUAUGACUACUUGCAGUAUUUACUGACAGCUCUUUAUUUUGAAUCUUGGAAAGUGGAGUCCUGGGAAUCAGAGAUGACUGUUGAAGACAUGCUGGAUUAUUCCUGGGACCACAGUCCAAACAAGAAAAGCAUUGUCAGCCUGCUGAAUAUAUACAGAGAAAAAGAUCAGUCCAUUGAUGAUCCUGACAAAGAAAGACAACUCCCCUAUCUUCCUGAAGAGGAGAUAUCAGAAGAUACAGUUAGCUCCCUUGAACCAGUAAAAGACUAUAAAAAUGCAGUGGAAGAUUUAUAUAACACAGGUGAAAAUAUCACAACAAUAAACAGUUACAGAGAUUCUGUGAUAAAACUUCUCAAUGUUCAGAGGAAAUCUCCAAACUUAUAAUGAUGCAUUAAAGUCAGUUGUGUAUGGAGAUAAAGUGGAAAGAAAUGGCACAGUUUCAAUGAAUAAAGUGUUCUUUAAGAUA